GACUGCCACAAUUCAAAAGACGAUUUGGUGCGAUACCGAAGUUUUAUUGUCGAUUAUCGGUUAAUGCGCUUCUGCAUUGUUCACUCACACGCGAUGACCAUGUCUGGUCUUUACACUACCGUACUGGCAACCGACUUCUCUGUGGCCUGCUACGGAACACUAAGAAGGCGAGUAACCCAACUGACUGUCAAGAAUCUUCGUAUUCAGCAGCUGAUUGGACGUUCCAGCUACAUGGGUGAAUCACUCCGCUGUCUUGCGGUUCAAGUCUUUAAGAUCAAAUGCUCGAGGUGGGAUCCCUUAAGUCAAUCCUAUUCCUUGAUCCGAGCAACCGGGAAUCUUUCUGCCCGCACAACACAUGAGAUUUCGUGUCCUUUCCCUUGAAUGCUUCCUCACUUUGUU